AUGUCGUCUCCGCCAUCAACUGGGCAGCCGCAGCAGCCGCAGCAGCAGCAGCAGCAGCAGCGACAAUGCCAAAGCUCCGACUCGACGAUGGCAGGUGAAGGCCGGGAAGGCCAAGACUGGAGGAAAAGAGGGCCGCUGGGACGCUGCGUCGAUGUCGACGACGACGACGACGUCAACGAUCAAGGCAGACGGCCAGACGAUGGCGCCUCGUCGUCGAUGGCCUCGCAGGCACGGCGCGACGCCGACGACCUCGCGGCGCUGGGCCACGUGCAGGUGCUGACGCGCAAGUUCAGCACGUGGAGCAUGCUGGCGCUGGCCUUUACCGUGCUCGGCACCUGGACGACGUGCGCCCAGGGCCUCAACAACGGCCUCGUCAACGGCGGGCCCGUCGCCAUUCUCUGGGGCCUCGUCCUCGUCGCCCUGUGCAACACGUGCGUCGCCGUCAGCCUCGGCGAACUGUGCAGCAGCAUGCCCACGGCCCUCGGCCAGGCCUACUGGAUCGCCCGCCUCGCCGACAAGGCGCCCGCCGCCCGCUUCGCCUCGUACCUGUGCGCCUGGAUCAACACGUUUGGCUGGUGGACGCUGGCCGCCUCGCAGAUUGCCUUCAUGUCCGACUUUAUCCUCGCCAUGCGCCUCAUGUUCCUCGACGACGACGCCGCCGCCGCCGCCGCGCCGCCCGGCUGGCUGCGCUUCCUCGUCUACCUGGCCAUCACCCUCGCCUUCACUCUCUUCAACCUCGUCGCCUGCCGCCGCGAGUCUGUCUUGCCCGCCUUCAAUAACUUUGUCGGCGUCGGCUUCGUCGCCCUCUUCCUCGUCUUCGUCGCCACCCUGCCCGCCGCCGUCGCCACCCACUCGGGCCUCUCCUUCCGGCGCCCCUCGUUUGUCUUCGCCGCCUGGCUCAACCGCACCGGCUGGCCCGAUGCCGUCACCUGGUUCCUCGGCCUCGUCCAGAGCGCCUACGGCCUCACGGCCUUCGACUCCGUCAUCCACAUGGUCGAGGAGAUUCCCGCCCCGCGCCGCAACGCCCCGCGCACAAUGUACCUGGCCGUCGUCUGCGGCGCCCUCUCGGGCUUUCUCUUCAUGCUCGUCUGCCUCUUCUGCAUCCAGGACCUCGAGCGCCUCCUCAGCCCGCCCUCGGGCUUCCCCUUUAUCGAAAUCACCCAGUCCACCGUCGGCCUCUCGGGCGCCGCCGCCCUCAUCGCCCUCUUCAUCUUCAACGGCCUCGGCCAGGGCGUCAGCAUCCUCACCUCGGCCUCGCGCCUCACCUGGAGCUUCGCCCGCGACGGCGGCAUCCCUUUUGGCGCCUUCUUCGCCCACGUCGACCCCCAGUGGAGGGUCCCCGCCCGCGCCCUAUGGCUCCAGGCCGCCCUCAUCUCCCUCGUCGGCCUCCUCUACCUCUUUGCCAACACGGUGCUGCAGGCCAUUCUCAGCGUCAGCACCAUUGCCCUCACCAUGUCCUACGCCAUGCCCAUCCUCGCCCUCGUCCUCGUCGGCCGCGACAAGAUGCCGCCCCGCGAGUUCAACCUCGGCCGCCUCGGCCCGCCCAUCAACGCCGUCUCGCUCGUCUACUGCGCCGUCACCACCGUCUUCUUCUUUUUCCCCAGCCAGCCCAACCCGCGGCCCGGCGACAUGAACUUUGCCAUUGCCGUCUUUGGCGUCAUGCUGGUCGUCGCCCUUGGCUUCUGGGUCGUCCAGGGGCGCCUCACCUUUUUGCAGACGGGCGGAGACGUCUUGUACGCCAACAAUCUCGCCACGGGCCGCGAUGUGCUAGCCGACGACGGCGCCACGGUCACGCGCACGCGCGACGACGGCAGGAAUCUGACGAAGCCGCCGUCUGUCGGGGAUUGA